CAAUCGAAACAUAGUCCAUGAGUGCCGAGGUGAGAAUAGUUGUUUCAAUAGUGUUCGAGUAAAAUAAACUUAAUCAAACGGCUAGUAAUUACUAAUAGUAAUCUAAAAUUUGUGCUAACAAUGUCAAAAAAGACUGUAUUUGGUCAAAAGAACACCCAAUCUACGAUAGUGGGAUUUUUGGCAAAGAAUACAAAUCAAAAUAAUAUUCUUACUAGUAUAUCAGAAUCAGUGGCAGAAAAAAAAGUUUCAAAUAAUGAAUUAUUAAAUGAUUCAUAUUUUAAUAAACAAGAGAGGAUAGCUGGAGACUCAGUAACAAUAGACACAAUAAUAAACCUUGAUAAUUCAGAUAGUUCAGACUCGAGCAAUAGCUCACUUGAAACAAUGCCUGAAAAUACAGAGGAUAAACAUUUAUCGACUCCUGAAAAAUAUAACGUAAUAUCCAAUAAACAAAAGAAAAAUACUACAUCUUCAGAUUCUGAUACAGGCAGUCCUAGCUCUAAAUAUAAUGGCAAGCGAUUACAGACAAAAAAUUGGGUUGGUCCUGACAUUAGAUUGAAUUUGAAAGAUUUAGGUUUAAAUAAGCAAUUAAGUUCAUGGAUUGAAUUUGUUCAACAGAAACCAAUAAUGUCUACAAUACCUGUAACAAAAGAUAAAUUGCUUGAAAGAUGUGAAGAUUUAAAGAAUCUUCAAAUUGAAAUUCUUGAUAAAUUUUGUAUUGCACUCGAAUCAAUUCCAUUACCAAUAUUGGAACAGUUUCCAAAAUUUGAUGGAGCCGCUUUCAAAAAAUUGCAAGGUUUGCGAAGACACAUAAAAGCUAAAUUACGUUUAGUUCAAACCAAGUUAUCAAAAUUGCAAAAGGAAGACGAAAACAAUGUAUUCGAAUCUGUAGAAACACCUAGCUCUGCACUGUCAAAAACAAUAAAAAUUUCCACGCCAAUUUCAUGUAUAUCCGAGAGUUGCUUGAUCGACUGUGACAGUUCUAUUGCUUCAUGUACGCCAAUACCCAAACCAAUAGAGCUUCAAGGUUUAACAAAUGUAAUGGAAUCAUAUACAACAAAUGCAAAGGAGUACAAUUUAGCAUCCAAUAAUCUGGAAGCUGUGUCAGUAGUUAAGUCACCUAAAAUUAUAGCUCAAAAUAAUAACUCAAGUAAGAAGAGUACUUUCCAAUUAAAAAGACCUGUAAAAACGGUAUUAGAUACUCAAGUUUCUAAAACAAUAGCAGAAAUGUGGGAAAAAGACCAACAAGUGUCAAAGACAUUGAAUUCUUCAGGGGAUUCCGAUUGUAUCUUCGUAAAAGAUACAAUACUCCAUGACAGUAUUCCAACGUAUUCAAGUAAUGAAGAAAGUAGAUUUAUGCAAAGAAAUGCCAUCUUGGAUAGUUUGGAAGAUAACACAAUGAAUACAAAUAAAUCUCGAAAUGUAGCAGGCACCCAAAGAUUUACUGCAAAAGUUGAAACCUUAACACAGGAAUUAGAUCAUUUUCCAGCUUUAGAAGAAAAUUGUAAUAUAGAUAUGAACGAUGAUUUUACAGAUUGGUCACCAAGUUAUAUGGCACAAAGUAGCAAGUGUGUACGUCACACUGAUGAUAAAGCAAAGUCAAAAAUUGAAAAAAAUAACGUGGAAUGUGGACAAUUUACCGGUAAUUAUAAAAAUGAUGGUGUUAGUGGAGAAUUUGAUGGUUUAACAUAUUCACAUUCACAAGAAAUGUCAAAGAUAUUUCGGCAGAAAUUUGGUUUAUAUACUUUUAGGCCAAAUCAGUUGCAAGUUAUCAAUGCGACACUUUUAGGAUUUGAUUGCUUUGUCUUAAUGCCGACUGGUGGUGGAAAAUCUCUUUGUUAUCAACUUCCUGCCCUUUUAAACGUUGGAUUAACUAUUGUUAUCUCUCCAUUAAAAAGUCUUAUUUUAGACCAAGUUCAAAAACUUAUCUCACUUGAUAUUUAUGCGGCUCAUUUAUCCGGUUCGAUAACAGAUAAUCAAGCAGAAGCGAUAUAUAGGGAACUUUCAAAAAAAGAACCAGCUCUUAGAAUAUUAUAUGUGACACCAGAAAAAAUUUCCGCCUCACAAAAAUUUUGCAAUACUCUGACUAUGUUGUACGAGAGAGAAUUAUUGACAAGAUUUGUUAUUGAUGAAGCACAUUGCGUUAGUCAAUGGGGUCACGAUUUUAGACCUGACUAUAAAAAGUUAAAAUGUCUCAGGGACAAUUAUCCCAAAGUGCCAACAAUGGCUCUAACUGCAACAGCUACACCGCGUGUUAGAACAGAUAUUUUGUAUCAGUUGGGCAUGACUAAUCCAAAAUGGUUUAUGUCGAGUUUCAAUAGGCCUAAUUUGAGAUACAGUAUAAUAUCGAAAAAAGGAAAAAAUUGUUCUGAUGAAAUCGUAGCUAUGAUAAUGACGAAAUUUAAAAAUACUUGUGGCAUCGUAUAUUGUUUAUCGCGUAAGGAUUGCGACGAUUACGCUGCACAUAUGAAAAAAAAUAAUAUUAAAGUAAUGAGUUAUCAUGCAGGACUCUCAGAUGCUCAAAGAAGCAACUGUCAAGGAAAAUGGAUCUCUGAUGAAAUACAUGUUAUAUGUGCGACUAUAGCCUUUGGAAUGGGCAUUGAUAAACCAAACGUGCGCUUUGUGAUACACGCAGCCUUACCAAAAUCUAUAGAAAGCUAUUAUCAGGAAAGUGGUCGCUCUGGUCGUGAUGGUGAAGUAGCGGAUUGUAUUUUAUUUUACCAUUAUGCAGAUAUGUACAGAAUCAGAAAAAUGAUUGAGCAGGAUAAUCCAAAUCCACAAGCCAUUAGUACGCACAUAGAUAAUUUACUUAAGAUGGUAGCAUUUUGUGAAAAUACUACAGACUGCCGUAGAUCGUUGCAGCUUAAUUAUUUUGGAGAGAUAUUUGAUAGGCAACAAUGUAUCUCGUAUAAAAUAACUGCGUGUGAUAAUUGCAGGUGUAAGGCCGAGAUUACAAUGUUGGAUGUUACUGAAGAUGCAAAAGAGAUUAUGAAAGCUGUACGAGAUAUUAACAAUAGAAAGAGUUGUAAUCUUACAUUAAUAUUCUUAAUAGACAUUUUUAAGGGUAGUGAUCUGAAAAAAAUUCGAGAAUCAGGUCUUACAAAACAUCCUUUAUAUGGUCGUGGAAAAUCAUGGAACAAAUGUGACAUAGAACGCCUUUUGCAUUAUAUGGUACUGCAACAAUAUUUACAAGAAUCUAUGUAUAUUAAUAACGAAAUUGCUUGUGCAUACGUAAAAAUUGGACCAAAAGCAAGUGAACUUAUGACAAAAAAAGAUGUAAAGGUACAAAUCCCAACGAGACAAUUGAGUAAAUCUACUACUGGUGUAGCUACAGUUUCAACAGUUACAAAGAAAGUCGAUGGUAUUAUAAUAGAAUUGCAAGAUCGUUGCUAUGCCGAGUUGAUGACAAUAAUACGGGGUAUCGCUAGUACAUUGGAUGUUUCUGCUUCUUCUAUUAUGAAUAUGGUAGCUGUUAGAGCUAUGAGCCAGCGUUUACCAGAAACUGAAGAAGCCAUGUUACAAAUACCACACGUCACUAAGGCUAACUUUGUUAAAUAUGGCAAAGCUCUUUUAAAUAUUACGCAGAAAUACGCGAAAGAAAAAACUGAAUUGUUAAAUAAAACUGAAGAUCAGAAUAGUAAUGACAACGAUAAUACCUGGGACGAUGACAAUGAUUCUAAUUACUCUUAUAGUAGUAGUACUAACAAUGGCAACAAACGAAAGAUGAACAAUCGAUCUCACAGUACUAAUAAAAGAUAUAAACGAGGUGGUUCAAGUGCAUGGAGGGGAAAAAGUUCAUCGAGAGGUUCAUCGAGAGGUUCAUCGAGAGGUUCAGCGAGAGGUUCAGCGAGAGGUUCAGCGAGAGGUUCAGCGAGAGGUUCAUCGAGAGGUUCAUCAAAAGGUUCAACAAAAUAUAAUACAACUACAAAAAAGGAUGUGGGACUUGCAAGUUUCAGUCAAACUAAACAAUAUCUGGCUAAUCCUAAUAGAUACAUGAACAUUGCUUGAUUAAUUUUUCUAUUAUAAAUUAUUUACGGCAUUUGCGAUAGUGUACAAACACAAACCGUGUACAUAUCUCGGGAUGAGAGUCGUUCGAUAAUCAUAUUGUGAUUGAUCCCAAACUUUUUAUAGCACUAGGUUCUUGGAAAAUUAUGGUUAUAGAUUUGAAUGGUUAUAACAAACGCAACAUGGUCAAAUGGAACAUUGUCUCUUUAGGUAUUUAAAAUUCUCUGUAUGGCGUUUUAGUCAUUUUAUUAAAUAAAACAAUUUGAUAAGCAU